AGAAGUGUGUCUAAGCUGUAGUGCCUCCGCUGCGUUUGGAGCAGUGUCAGGGAGAUUUUCAUCAAAUUUUCCGCUUUUCUACAAGAAAUACCCAAUAAAAUCAUGUCUUUUCACCUCAGCACCAAAGAAAGACUCCUUGCGAUAGUGGAUGAUAUCGAAAUUAUUGCCAAGGAAUUGAUAGAGAACACCAUUGCUCCCAAGCACCAGAAGAUUUCCAGUGCGGAGCAUGCCCAACUCGUGGAACUGCUCGUGGCUAAGGAUGCUGAGUUAAAGUCGGUGUUGCAGUUGGCCAGUGAUCAGACAAAAAUAGAACAGAAGAUGAAUUCCCUGAAAGCCCAGGUUGAGCUGCAGGAUCAGGAGAUUAAUCAGCUGCAGAAGCAGCUGAAGGAGGCUGAGCAAGUUUUGUCGACAGCACUGUUUCAGGCUCGUCAGAAACUGGCUAGUAUUGCGCGGGCGAAUAAGAAACCCGUGCCGUCAGAGGAGCUCAUUAAAUAUGCUCAUAGAAUUAGUGCUUCCCAUGCAAUCUCUGCCCCACUGACUUGGCAGCAGGGUGAUCUGAGGCGUCCCUAUCCCACGGAUAUCGAGAUGCGACUGGGUUUCCUGGGCAAAUCGGAUCUCAGUAUAAAUGGACACAGCCUGCAGCAUCACAGUAGUCUCAAUGAGAUGCACAGGAACACCACAGGAGUUCCGGCCUCGGCUCAGAAUCAGUUUGCUUGGCAUCCUUCCGGAGAGCUUCAUAUGUCCGUCCUGGCGUCCGGAGGAUCAAUUCUGCUGGACACACGCGGCCGCAAAAAUGCCUCCCAAGUUGAAGUUGAGGUUAUGUCCACGGAAUCCUCAAGUUCCAGCUCAAGUGAUUCCCAAUAGAAAGGUAAGUUUCCCCAUCGACCCUCGCAGCAUUCCCACGAAGAAAUCUCUCUCAAAUACCAUUUUGUCAUAAAUAAUUAGAAAUAAUGAUGAGAAUGAGAAACAG